UAUAUACAUUCUUAGCUUCAAAUUUCAAUAGAUCUUCCUUUCACUUUUCAAAAUUUGAAACAAUGUUUUAUUUUUUCAAAAUGGAACGAUUCCGAAUGUGGGAGAUUGAAUGUGCACGUUUGGAGAAACGGAUUUCCAUCUUAGAGAAACUAGGAAAAGAAAGACAAGAGAUUUGGGGUGACUGCAAGAAUAUAUUCAUCCGAAAUUCAAGAGACGAUGUGAAUUACUCAACUACAAAGGAGUUCCUUCUCAGUAAACUUUCUGAAAUAAAACGAAAGAGGAAUCGUGCAAUUUUAGUGUACAUUCAAUUGGGUAGGCGAAAUGUUCCUGAAGCAGAUAUACAGCUGAACUAUGUGUUGCUUGAUCCACCGAGGUUGGAUUUCAGGUACAUCAAUAAUUGGUUCAUCAAAGCUUUGCAUCUUGAUUGUAUAUACAAGGGUGUAAAGAUGAUAUUUCCUAUGACAUUUCCUUCACUAAGGGAAAAGCCUCAGAUGAAGAUGACAUUUUAUACCAUCAUGUCUGCAAAGGCCAAGGCUAAGGAUUCAGACAAGCAUAUAAGGAUUCGGGUCGAAUUUGACACGUCUGGCAGUACCUCUGGUGACGAAGAAACAAGUGAGUUUUCUAAGGAGAAUUCGGGUAACAACAAGGAUGGUAAUAGAAGAUGAUUUUCUUUGAAUUGAAUAGCAGAUUAAUGAGAAAAAUGUAGCGCAAGUUGGUUAUGCCUCCAUCUGCAAUCUUGGACAAAAAGACUGAUAAUGCCCAUUUGGGUGUUGUGCUCUUGUGUUGAAUAUGAUGACUUGGCCUUUCUGAUUGUAUAUUUUCUUGCUCGAUAAUAAAGCCAUGUUGCUGUAGUUCA